AUGGGCUCAGCACAGGUCGCAGCGAGUGGCAUAUUGCUGUGGCUUGGAAUCUCCCUGGUGGCAAGCUUGCCCACCGGACCUCCAGCACCACCCAGUUCCCACUCCCUGGCACUACUCAACCCCCAGCCAAGCGCGCUGUGGUUCCCAACGGCCCUUCCUAGCAGCGACCAGAUGGACCUUGAAUUUAGCUUCGACGGCGACAUGUGUUCGGCCACAACAGCGGCUAAGCAUCGCGAUGGCAAUAAACUCAUUCUCGUUGGGCCCAUCGCCUGUACCGAUCAUGCCAGCACUGGCUUGAUGCGCCUGACCGUCCGCGUGGACCAGCCUGCCUCUGUACACUUGCUCAUUGAUGGAAAGAGCUAUACCAUCGGGCAAUCCAAACGGCAUCAUCUGACGAUCCAGCGUGACAGUCUCACGUCCAUUGUCUUUGCCGAUGACGAUGAGGAUGAUGCCUUCUUACAAAAAGCCUCAGGCACUGCCUUACUUGCCGCUGAUCCUGACCGUCGACGCCGUCGCGGUGCGUUCACCCUGGGUCUCAUCGCGAGCCACUGCCUGCCCGGCUUUGGCAGUGAUCUGGCCUCGAGGCGACCGGAACCGGCCGUUUACGAUAUCAACGCUGCCAAGGUCUGCACGCUACACAUUGAUGUUGAUAAACGGUUUGUGGACGCGUGGGGUGGACUCGAGGCUGCAGCAGAUGUCAUCGAGGAUAUGGUCGCUGAGCUGGAAGAAGUUUACGCGGCAAACAACGAUUGGCUUCGUGUCAGCUUGCAAGCCAUCACAAUUCAUCCCACUCUCAAGAUGUACUCAUCCGUUCCGUCAAGCUCCUCUAUCUUGGCCGCAUACCAGACCUUCUUGGCCCAGGAUGUCAACGAGCACGGUGGUCGUCACCACUCCUCAAUCUCCUUGCUUGGUCCCAUGCUUAGACCAGCCUUGGGUGGCAAGGCCUCGGACGUUCGGGCCUGGAAUGCAAUGAUGGUCACCUCUCUCUCCCUGGGUCAACGCAUAUCAUCCAGCACGUUGCUGCGUGCUGUUGCUCAUGAAAUCGGACACGCUGCUGGUGCCCAACACACAUGUUGCCUGUCCUGUCUGACGUACUCGCAGACGUGUGCUGGUCGCAAUGGCGACCAAUGCAAUCCCGCCGGCAACUAUUACAUGAUGUAUCCACAACUGACCGAGACGCCCAAUAGUCUGUCGUUCAGCUCAUGCUCGUUGAAUUCUCUCGAGACAAUUAUUGAGUUGCGAAAAGCUCGAUUGCUCACAGCUGCCGAGGCAGCUACCCAACGUGCACCCAGCUACUGUCCUCCUUCUGUGCGCGAUCACACCACUUGCGAGGGACUCUGCCAGGCGCAGAACCUCGUCAUGAGUGGAUACUACGCGUCUUGGAUCCAGUGCCAGGGCGUUUGCUUUUGUCAACAAGGACAAAGCUAUGGCUCGUCCACUAUUGGCUGGAUCGACGAGGACAUCAAGAGCACCAGUAGCACCAGUAGCACCAGUAGCACCAGUAGCACCAGCACGACCAGCACGACCAGCACGACCAGCACGACCAGCACGACCAGCACGAUGGAAGCGUUACAGCGAGCCCUGGAGUUGGCCCGGGUACAACGGUGCAGUGAAUGCAAGCCCUUUCUAUUGGAACAAGAUUCCGGCAAAGCUAUGAAAAAGGCCAAGACGAAGUUCAAAUUCAAGCGCGACUGCAAAGAGGGGCAUUCCUUGCAGUUUUGCGUGCAAUCAAAAUCCAUCAUCUCCAAGGUCAAUGAGGCUGGAGGCUUCACGCUAGUUUUAAAGAACCAGGAUAAAGAUCUGGCCGGCGUGAACAAACUGAUGAAGCUUGAAGUGGCUGAUUCAAUCCUUGAGCAAGGGGUGUGCUACACCUUGUACUUGCCCCCAAUACUGGCAGCAGAGGGGCGCAAGUGGAAACUAAUUAUUGACAACGAUAAGGACAUUAAAUACCGGUACUAUGUUUCCCGAACCAAGAUCAAAAAGGCUCGGCACUGCGAUGCAGUCAUUUAUGGAUAG